AUGGGAGCUCAUCGCCAUUUUGAGCCAGUAACAAAAUGUAGCAGAGAGGGACGAUCAAAUCAGACUGUGGCUGCAGACCUAGAUGGAACACUUCUUGUAUCAAGAAGUGCUUUUCCUUACUUCUUGCUUCUUGCUAUUGAAGCUGGGAGUCUCUUUAGAGGACUAGUUCUUUUGGCAUCAGUCCCAUUUGUGUACUUUACGUACCUACUUGUGUCAGAGGCAAUGGCAAUCAAGACUUUCAUCUUCAUUGCCUUUGCAGGACUUAAAAUAAGAGACAUUGAGCUUGUUUCAAGGUCUGUCUUGCCCAAGUUUUAUGCUGAUGAUGUUCAUCCAGAAACUUGGAGGGUGUUCAAUUCCUUUGGAAAAAGAUACAUUAUUACAGCCAAUCCUAGGAUUAUGGUCGAGCCAUUUGUCAAGACCUUUUUAGGGGCCGACAAGGUUCUCGGCACGGAACUAGAGGCUACAAAAUCUGGAACGGCAACUGGAUUUGUCACGAAACCGGGCAUUCUUGUUGGAGAUCAUAAAAGAGCUGCUCUCCUGAAGGAGUUUGGCACUAAUUUGCCUGAUUUAGGACUGGGAGACCGCCAAACUGACCAUGACUUCAUGUCCAUUUGCAAGGAAGGAUAUAUGGUUCCAAGAACUAAGUGUGAGCCACUAGCAAGAAACAAGCUUCUAAGCCCUGUGAUAUUCCAUGAGGGACGGUUUGUUCAAAGACCUACUCCUUUGGUUGCCCUUUUGACCUUCUUAUGGAUGCCAAUUGGUAUUAUUCUCUCCAUACUUAGGGUCUACCUUAACAUCCCUCUGCCUGAAAGACUUGCCUGGUACAAUUAUAAGCUACUAGGAAUUAGAGUUAUCGUUAAGGGUACUCCUCCACCUCCUCCAAGAAAAGGCCAAAGUGGAGUCCUCUUUGUUUGCAAUCAUCGUACUGUCUUGGACCCAGUUGUCACUGCUGUUGCACUAGGAAGAAAGAUUAGUUGUGUCACGUAUAGCAUAAGCAAGUUCACUGAAAUUAUUUCCCCCAUUAAGGCUGUUGCUUUAUCAAGGGAGAGAGACAGAGAUGCUGCUAAUAUUAAGCGAUUGCUUGAAGAAGGAGACUUGGUGAUUUGCCCCGAAGGAACCACGUGUAGAGAGCCAUUUCUCUUGAGAUUUAGUGCUCUUUUUGCUGAACUUACUGAUAGGAUUGUGCCAGUUGCGAUCAAUACAAAACAAUCUGUGUUUCAUGGCACCACUGUCCGAGGACACAAAUUGUUGGACCCUUAUUUUGUGUUCAUGAAUCCAAUGCCAACAUAUGAGAUCACCUUCUUGAAUCAGCUGCCCACAGAGCUUACUUGCAAAGGAGGCAAAUCAGCCAUUGAAGUUGCUAAUUACAUUCAAAGGGUGCUGGCUGGGACCCUUGGAUUUGAGUGCACAAAUUUGACUAGGAAGGACAAGUACGCUAUACUUGCAGGAACAGAUGGCCGUGUUCCAUCUAAGAAGGAAAAGGCUUGA